AUGGCUCUUAAUUUUCAAUUUCAAGAUUCAUUACUAAUAAUGCAGAUGAUAAACUAUUUCGAAAUAAUUUUUUGUUUUUCACUUUAUUUGCCAUUUAGUUUAGCAGCUAAGGAUAAAAAGCCUGCAAAUGCAAGUGUAGAUGCUAAUUCUGAUGAUAAUGUUGCUGCCAAUUUCACUUUGCUGGAUGCAAUAGAUGAUGCAGAGGAGGUCCCCCAGGAACAUUUGGCGAAAACUGAUCAGGGCGUUUUAUGUAAAGUAGUAGCUAAAAGGCCAUAUAGUAGAUCUCCAGAGGUCUUUUUAAAAAACAUUAAAACGCCAUACAACUCAGCGUUGGUUGGAUAUGAUACACAUCGCUUUGGUAGAAGAAGUGACAAGGGGAGUUUAUAUGGUUGGUCGGGAGGAAGAUCACCUGAUGCGGAUGGAAAUUCAUCAUUCACAUUUGACUUAGAUUAUGCAACGAUUCUGCCACAGUCAGGAACACCAUUAUCCUAUUGUGCUCUAAUAUUCACACCUCCAAUCGCACCAAAAUUUGAUAUAUCAAAGGUAUUUGGGAAACCAGCAUUAGCAUUAUCAAGAUAUAUAGGUUCGCAGCUACAUUUUUCAAAAGCGCUUAGGAAAAGAGGAAAACUCAUUACCACAUGUUGUUUUACAGCAUUUCCUAUGGUUGCUUACUGA